AACAUUGGCUUGCAUUCUUUCAACUAAUCUUUCUCAGUGGGAUCAACAACGAUGUCUUCUGGAAUUUCCUCCAUAGCAGCGACAACCUCACGUGCUACACAAUACACGGUUCUCAAUGAGUCACUGGAGAAACUACAGCGGAAUCUAGAGGUGUUGAAGGACACUGUCGAGGACACAGUCGUGCAAGCAGAAUGGAUGAAGAGACUAAUGACCAUCCACUCUUCACUUCUUAUGGCAUCUUCAAGGACUCUAAAAGAAGAGACUGAUAUACAGGGUCAAGGACGUGAAAACCAAGAGACGUCAUGAAGGAUGACUUGACCAAAAAUGAUAAAAAGAAGAAAAGUAUUUAACCAACUCCCAAUUCAUUCCCGUUGUAUUUGAACAUAUCAUACUUAUCAUAAUGAAAAACC